AUGAGCUGUUACAUGUCCUCUACCCUCAUUGCUUCCUCGCUCCUUGCCCUUCCCUCCAUCCCUUACAUUCGGGUGGCCAACCUAGAAGCGGAGCUUGCCACGUGUCGCCACACGAUUGCGUCACUGGAGAUGGAGAUUGCGGACGUGCGGCAUGACUUGCAGGACGCGGAGCAGAAGAAGGCAGGAGCAGCAGCCAUGUGGAAAGAGGAGCACAGCAAGCGCACGGCAGCAGAGGAGGAGGUGCGGUUUUACCAGCGACAAGCAGCCACAGCUUUGGAGCAGCGGGACCAAGUGACUCUGGAGCUGGAGCAGCUGAGAACCGCCAAGGCGGAGGGAGAGGCGCGAUGCAAAGGAGAAAUAGAGCAGCUGCGGAAGGAGAAAGCGAGUGCUGCUGAGAAAAGCAGAGCGGAGAUUGAGAAGCUGAUGAAGGAGAAGUGGGAUUUGCUAGAGAGGGUGAAGGAGGCGGGUAGGCAUGCCGCAGCGUUGGUUAAGCAGCAGGAGCUGGGGGAUGAGAAGAUUGAGGAGGCGGAGAGGGGGAGGCGGGAGGCGGAUAGGGGAAGGGAGGAGGCGGAGAGGGAGCGGGAGGAGGAGAGGAGGGAGAGGGAGAGGGUGGAGAGGGAGAGGGAGGAGGAGAGGAGGGAGAGGGAGAGGGUGGAGAGGGAGAGGGAGGAGGAGAGGAGGGAGAGGGAGAGGGUGGAGAGGGAGGGGAAGGAGGAGGAGGGGAGGUUGAGGGAGGAGAUAAGCAGGUUGAGAGAGGAGGGAGCGAGGUUGAAAGAGGAGGCGGGGAGACUGACGGAGGAGGUGGAGAGGAGGAGGAACGGUGCGAGGGAGUGGGAGGCGGUGGGGAGGGAAUCAGAGGGGCAGGACCCGUAUGGGACGGCGAGGGAUCCGUAUGGGACGGCGAGGGACCCGUAUGGGGAGGAGCCGACGGAGGAGAUGCUGUCUCAGGCGAUGAGGGAGAAGGUGGAGGCGCUCGUGAUGCUGGCCGCGGAGGAAGAGCGGCACCUGCGGGACUCGCAGCUGGUGGGGAGCCUGAGGGAGACCAUUGCUGGGCUGAACGCUACGUUGGGGCAGGUGGUACCUGAAAGCAUCAGAGUGACAGGGGCGAUGAGGGAGAAGGUGCAGGCGCUCGUGAUGCUGGCCGCGGAGGAAGAGCGGCACCUGCGGGACUCGCAGCUGGUGGGGAGCCUGAGGGAGACCAUUGCUGGUCUCAAUGCUACGUUGGGGCAGGUCCCAGGUGCAGAGAAAGUAUUGGCGCUGAUGCAGCUGGCAGACACGGCAGCAGAGUAG